AUGGUCAAGUUCGAAGCAACCGAGCACGGAAAGCCUAUUAUCACUCAAAGCUCUGUUCCCCUGACCUACAAUGCCACUCACGAUUCGGACAUGGUAGCCAUCGCUUGUGGUGCUGGAGAGCCUGUGGGAAUAGAUGUGAUGAAAAUUGCGUUGCCCCGGAGGACUUCUAUGGGAGAAUUUAUCGAGUUUGUUUCAGAGCAGCUUACUGCAUGCGAGAAAGAAGCACUCCACCCUAGGGCUGGCAACGAGGCGACUCGCUUGCUGAGACUAUACAGAAUGUGGACGAUAAAAGAAGCUUACACGAAAGCCUUGGGAGAAGGGCUAGGAUAUGAUUUUGCCAGGAUCGAAUAUGACGUUUUGGAAGGAACUGUGACAGUAGACGGAGAACCACCGUCAGGCUGGGAUAUCGUGUCUCUUCUAGUGCAGCACGCGACGGACACGUACGUGAUAUCCACGGCGCGCCGAACUGGGGAGGGGCACGUAACAAUCUUUGAUUUGGAGGAUGUGCCAAAGGGUUUGGUUCAGUUUGUUGGAGUGAAUAUACUCGCCGAGUGCCUUAUUCCCUCAUUACGAUAA